UCCUUUUUUCUUUUUUGGUGUAUUGUUCUAUUUAUGCAAAGAAAGCAAGGAACGAACUGCUGUUCGCUGUUUCUAUUAGAGGCAACAAAAUCAGAUAAAUUCUUUGGUCGAAACACGACCUGUACGCCGAGAAACAAACUUGGACCAUUAAGAUUUUGGGUUGCUUUUAUGGCGGAGAAUACAGACUCUAGACCUGUGAUAACCACCGCGAGCAGCCCUUAUCUAGAAUUCGGGAAUUCAAGCACUGGUACCUUAUGGUCCAUUCUGAGCGUUGCAAACUGCCUCGUGUGUGCUGAAAUUAUUUUAGGUCUGCUGGUAUGGCCACUGAUUGCAAGCACAGAAUAUUUCAGGUUUUCACCAUUUGGAUGGGUGAUGUUUGUGACUGUCUUCUACUGGCUUCUCACACUUUUCCUACUCAUCAUCAAUGUGGCCAAUAGACAUCGCAAGCACAUGCAGUGGACUACAGUGGUUCUCAUUUUCAAUUGCACUGCAGCUUUAUUCUACACAUCGGCUGCUAUUGUUGAGGCAACAUUGUUGAAUCAGGUGGUCAAAGGUCAUCAUACUUUCAACUGCUGGGCAGCAUCAACGUUUUUUGCAUUCCUAGUAUCUCUGAGCUAUGCUGGUAGUGCAUUCUUCAGUUACAAAUCCUGGAAAAGAGAUGAAUAAAUCUGCUGGAUAAAUUGUAGUUUUUAAUCAUUUAUUUAAAGAUGGACUUAACUUGAAAAAUAGUUUAAACUUAUUUUUAAAUGGAAAGAAAUGUCGUCAAGUUUGCUCUGUACGCAUUUGCAGUCAUUCCAAAAAUAGGCAGAUUGUCUAAUGCAUAAAUUGAUGUUUUGAUAUUUAUUAUUUUUUUUAUACAUUUCAUUUAGAAAUUGAGUUUUAUUUUAAGGCAUUGUGACUAAUUGUAAAAGAUUGUUUUACAUGUGUACUUUAAAUGAACCUUUUAAUGUUGGUCUAUAUUUACUUGAUCUUCUGAACAUCCUUUGUGAAGGCCUCAUAGUAAUUCAAGAAGCACAUAAAGUGCAUGGAAACUUUAUCUUUUACAUGCCAAGCGUGUCAUUACAGAUUUGUCCUUUUUGAGUAGUGAUCUUACUUAAUUUUAUAAUAUUAUUAUUAUUUUUAAAUAUCACAUUGUGUCUCAGAAAGCAGUAGACUAUUUGACAAACAAGUAAAGGAAUUUCACAAAAUUCACACCCUUUUUUUAAUUCACAUUUUUUGUUACAAUGUAAAUGUCCUGGUUUCAAUAUUUUGUCUAGUUUUGAUUGUUAAAACAUUCAGCACAUAAAUAAGUCAAUAAAUAAAUCCGCACAUAAAAA